CCCCGUUAUCCUCGUAAGGGAUAAGGGGGGAAACAAGGAGACAUAUAGUAUAAAGAUCGAUUUUUCUAGGGUUUUUUUUUUUUGUGCCCACAAAAUUGAAUUGAAAUUUUGAUUUUUUUUGUUGGGUGGGUGGGAAGAAAUUGAAGAAGCUAAGCGUCGCUCACCAUCUCUGGUUGGGGUUUAGGGGGGUUCCCCCUAAUGAAAAGUCAAACAAUACAAUGGUGGUGGAUCAAUGGAGGUGAUGCUCUUCUUCUUCUUCUUCUAUCCAAUUGCAAUAACUAGAGACAAGCACCACCACCACGACCGUACCUCGGAGAUGGGGAUUCCCUUGGCCGCCACUCUUCGUUUCCGAUCUUCGGCGAUCGACUCCUUCUGCUUCGCCUGUGAGGCCUUCUCCGAUCCUAACUUCACCCUUGUUCUUCUGUAACCAUUCCAUUCCAUUCCUCCUCCUUUGUCUUCUUCUUCCUCUUCCGCCGAAUUAUUAGGGUUUAGAUAUAUAGAUCUGCCAAUGGUCCAGAAAGAUCCCACUGGUCGCUACAUUAGGUAUGAUGACGUUCUAGGGAGAGGAGCCUUUAAAACUGUGUAUAAGGCAUUUGAUGAAAUCGAAGGGAUUGAAGUAGCUUGGAACCUAAUGAGCAUCGACAAUGACGUAUUGGAGAUGCCUGGCCAAUUUGAUAAACUUUCUUCUGAAGUCCAUCUCCUCAAAUCCCUUCAUCAUGAUAACAUCAUCAAACUCUUCUACUCCUGGGUUGAUGAUUCUACCAACUCCAUCAACAUGAUCACUGAGCUUUUCACCUCUGGCAGUCUCACCCUGUAUCGUAAGAAGCACCGCAAUGUUGAUCCCAAGGCCAUCAAGAACUGGUCUAGGCAGAUUCUUCAGGGCUUGCUCUAUUUGCAUUCUCACUCCCCUCCUGUUAUUCACCGCGACCUCAAGUGCGACAACAUUUUUGUCAAUGGAAAUACUGGAACCGUCAAAAUCGGAGAUCUUGGCCUCGCUGCUAUUAUGCACCAACCCACUGCUCCAAGUCUCAUUGGUACUCCUGAAUUCAUGGCGCCUGAGCUUUAUGAUGAAGAAUACAAUGAACUUGUGGACAUCUAUUCCUUUGGCAUGUGCAUCCUGGAGAUGGUUACAUGUGAAUAUCCAUAUAGCGAAUGCAGAAACCAGGCUCAGAUUUACAAGAAGGUUACCUCGGGUAUAAAACCGCAAUCCCUCAGCAAAGUUGAUGAUCCUCAUGUUAAGCAAUUCAUAGACAAGUGUCUUCUCCCAGCUCCUUCUAGACCAAGUGCUCUAGACCUCCUCAAGGACCAAUUCCUUGCUGUAGAUGGCUCCAAGGAUUCCAUUCCUCCUGCUUCCUCAAACGAUAUAUUCAAACCUGCAAACCCAAAACUCUCUGAAUAUCGUCCCAUGGAUGUGGAUCAUAAGCACAAUACAAGUGUUUCCAUCUGCUCCUCCCGUCAAAGCAGUCAAGAAUACGCAUGGCGCCAAACCAUUGAAGUCCAUAGGGUUUCUGAAAAUACCAAAUUCAGGUUGAGUGGAGAGAGGAGGGAUGAUUUGGCAGCGUCAAUGGCUCUGCGUAUCGCUGACUCAUCUGGUCAAGCAAGAAAGAUUGAUUUUGACUUCUAUCUGAGGACAGAUACAGCAAGAGCAGUUACAGGGGAGAUGGUUGAAGAGCUUGAUCUGUCAGGCCAAGAGGUUAUUGUGAUAGCUGAGAUGAUAGAUGAACUGAUAAUGAAGCUGAUGGCGAAUCGAAGCCUGCCUCAUCCAAACAGUUUAUAUCAGCUCAAGGAUGAAGCUGGAGAAUCAAUGAAGUCAGACAUAUCAGCAGACUACUACUACGACCCUGUCUCUUCAAUUGAGGGUUCAGGGCUAGGCUGCUGCUACGAGCCAGAAGAGUCUUUGUUGGCCUCGUUUCUGGAUUCAUGCUCAAUGGUGUCAAACGAGCAGUCGGAGGAUCUGAAGACGGAGCUGAAUGUGAUCGAGUCACAGUAUAACCAAUCGUGUCAACGACUACUGAAGCUGAAAGAGGAGGCUGUAGAGAAGGCGAAACGGAAGUGGAUGAAGCUGACUUGAUUCCUUCCUAGCC